GUGUUGAUUGAUUUUGCGUGUUAAGCCUCAUGGAAUGGUCCAACGACAUAGUUAUUUCUUUUAUAAAAGAUGUGGAAAAGUUGGCAAUGCUAUGGGAUAGCCAAAAUCCCUUUUACAAAAUUACAAGGAAAAAGAAUGAUGCGUGGUCCGAAUUAGCUCGUACUUACAAUAGUACACCAGAAGAAGUAAAAAAGAAAUGGAAGAGUUUACAGGCGUCGUAUAGAAGGGAGAGACAAAAAGUCAAAGAUGUUACUCAUUCAGGCAUGGCGACAGCUGACAAAUAUACUCCCACCUGGUUUGCUUAUGAUGCUUUGGCAUUUAUGUCAGAUCGUUAUACUCCACGGAAAACACAAAAUACUUCAGAAGUAAGAAUUUUUAUUCAGAUACAUAUUUUACCGUAACGAACAAUAAUAGUUAAUAACAA